CUAAGUGGAGGAGGCCGUUGGAGCGAAUGGGUAGGACGCCUGCCUCCAUCACAUGGUCCAACGUAACCGAGAAACCUCGAGCACAGAUGGAGCAGGACGGGAAACCGAGAGACGAGCCCCUCUGGUAGUGGCGAGAAGCAUCCUCUGAAAUAGAAACAUAAGCUGUCCCUUCUGUAGCAGAAACGGAAAAACGGACGCAAGAAAAAAAGCAACAAUUAAACCGACUGUUUUGCACAGUGUCAUGCUGCUUUCGCGUUUAAUAAUAUCACGGACGAGUCAGGGAAGGUUGUGAGUGAGUGAGGGGGUGGAUCUUUUUGCUGAGAAUGAAAUCCAAGGCGCUUGUUGUCCCAAGUGAAUUCAUUUGAAGAGCUUGCAGAGACACAGAGCGACCGGGAUGCCGCCCAACAUCGCUCCUCCUAUUCAUCCGCGAGGUUAAGUUUUCCUGAGCACCCUCCUUCUGUGUGAGUGUGUGUCUGAGUGUGUGUCUGAGUGUGUUAUGGCGUCUGUGAUGGACGAUUCCUACCGUAAGGUGCUGUUGCUAGGGGCCAUCGCUGCAGCGUCAGCCUUUGUGGUCACCAUCGUCAUCGUGGUGGUUUGUGUGGGCUGCCAAAGGAAAAACAAGACCAAGCAUCCUCCGGCCAAUGGAGAGAAGGGCUCCUCAGUAGACCUGGGUGCUCUCCAUCAGCCCAAGAACAGCUCCAUCAGUAAAUCUGACACUAGGCUGCAUGAGAUCAACCGCUUGCCCCGCAACGGCAACAGUGGGGGUAAGAACCGUCCUGCCAGUAUGGACCUUCUCCUCCUCCACAGCCAUCGCUCCACCUCUGACCUCCGCCCCCCCCUUGUCCGCCAGCUCCCCCAGAUCCCCACCAGCCCCGAGGUGGAGGGAGACAUCCAGAGGGGAGGAGAAGAGGGGGUCAGAGACCACACCUACACUGAGGUGGGGAUCCGGAACUCACCCGUCCGCUGCUUUGACAAUGGGUUGUACGAGAGUGUAGGGGUUAGAGAGGUUGACACGGUGCCCCCAGCUCCCCCACCCACAUCAGCCAACACCCCAGCAACACCGAGGACCUCACAGAGCCCCAACGGGACCCGCACCGACGAUGUCCUCAAUGGGAACAGAAACAGGAAUGGGAAUGGAAAUGCCAGAGGAGCUGUUAAUGGGAGCAGCAGAGGAGGGAAGGGGCCCAACGGUGCUAACGGAUCGUCCCUGGCCCCCCAGGACCCCGUAACGGCAGAGUACGCCUCCAUACGGAAGGUCAAGAAGGUGGACAAGGCAACCAAGAAGGAGAAUGGGAAUGCAGAGUCAGAUGACCAAUCAAGUGUGGAAGAGUCACCCUCUGCCCCUCCCCCUCCACUGCCCCGCAGCCAGGAGUUUCUACAGAAACAGCUGGGUCCAUUCCACCUGCACGUCUUCCCUAAGGAGGCAGUGUUCAUGGGAAACGGGGAGCAGUACAUCUGGAAGCCCCCAGAGGACAAUGACAUCAUCACCUUGCACCCAGCGCCUAUACCCCCGGGGGAGAAUGGACAGGGAUACACACCCACAGCCAUGGAGAUUUCUGACACCUACUCCACUGUGUGUAAAACCCAGAAGAAGAAACCUCCCCUGGACAGCAAUGGAGCCAAUACCCUCCCCCAAAACCAGUGCUCUGUGGAGGAGAAUGGAGGAGGUGGGGGAGGGGGAGCAGGAGGGAAUGGGGCGUGGGUCGGUUCCGGGGGAGGGGUGAGGGGUCGUGGCCGGGGGAUCCAGGGUGGUCAGGCCCGAUCCCACGAGGAGCCCUGCUACGCGCCAGUAGGCGACAGGACCUGGCCCGCCUGUGUGGUAGCCAAGUCUGCCCCGGCGUACGCCACUAUAGACUCCCACCGGAAACGUGAGCCGGCAGGUACCAAUAUUGGUGUACUGGGGUCAAACGCCACACUGAAGCCCAAGAAGAAGCCUCCUCAGCAGGAAGCGCCAUCUCCAGGGGCCCCGGGCCCCCAGGGACCUCCAGCAGGUCCCCCGGCCCCUCUAACCAAGGCUCUGCCUGGGGGGGAGAACUUCUAUGAGACCAUCAGUGAUGUGAAACAGGGUGCUAACACAGCCAGCACCACCACCAUCUUCACCUUCAAUGACGGGAUGGAGAUGUACGUCACUGGCCUGUAGCUGAGAGACACUGGCUCACACACUGUGGGGAUCAGACCUGUUUGGGUUCUUCUGACCCUGUCUACACCUGGUAUAAGCUAUGAAAGGGACUGGCAACAAUGUAUAUAGCAAUGAGACCCACUGGUGAAACCAAGCAUCGGAAGUCACUUCCAUAAUACAAUGUCUCCAGUGAUAUGAUUAUGGCCACAUCCAGUUACAAAAGAAGAAGACAAUGUUUGGAGGUGGAUGUGGAGGCAUUCACCAGGUUUAGACAAGGUCUCUGACCCAGGGGCAGACACCAGACCCAACCAGUGGUGGAAAUGGACUUUUUGGUUCACUGACUGGGGGAUUCCAGAUAGGGGUUCCAGUGCCAGUUGUAGCUUUGAAAGGAACCCAGUUCCAGGGGUUCCUCCUCAUUUACACCACUGGACCAACAGAACCAGAACUACUCUACGUCUUUGAGAUGUAUCACAGAGCCAGUCUGGCUAACCCAGUCUGGCUAACCCAGUCUGGCUAACCCGAGCCUGAAUCAUUCGAGCCAGACUCAAACAACUGGUCCAACAAGACCAGACUGAGCAUCACGUUUUGCACUGGAUAACAGUGUCACUAUUCACUUGAUCUUACCUUACACACCCAUUUGUGUGACAUUUUCCAUAUAUAUUUAUUUUUGUAUAAAGAUGGUACCCUUAAUAAAGCAUGCCCUGUACAGAACGCACGACAUGAUAACACGCAAUCACAGAUACAUGUGCAAACACACACACACUGUAGGAAAACAUUGUUGUGCAUGAAAACACACAUUCUCACAAAGAUGACAGAGGAAAGAAGUGUGGAGACACCCAGGUGGCUUCACUUAGAAGUCCCCACCCCCUGAUGACAUAAUCGAUGGUGUCACUGGUAGCUUCACUUAGAAGACUACUGACUAACUACAUCAGGAGUCUUUUUCUACGGCAAUACAGGGGUAAUACAGGCCUACUUCAAACAUUUUAUAUAUUUUUUGUUAAUAAUAAUUAUUAAAUACAUUUCGAUUGAUCAGGUAGCUACUUCACGCGGCUAUGUUUAUAUUGUUCCUUUCUGUUCCUUUUUAAACCUCUGAAAUAUAUAUAUUUUCUUUACAAUUAGCUCAACAUUAAAUGACUUCACCAAUCAGUGCGGAUCGAGCAGAUUGCUAUGGAGCGGGCAAGCUAUUUGCAUGCAUUGGACAGACGAGUGUUGAGCACAAUAUGCGACUGAAAUUUGGCCAGUGGGGAGUGAGCGAGAGAGGGUGAAGAAGGCUUGGCUUGAUGCGCUGGGCAUCUUGUUGUUAUGAUAUGCAUGAUCGGAAUUAGGGCCACAAAAUUAGACCUACGGAGGAGUGGCUUGAAGGAACUUAGAAUGUCUUUGAGCUUCAGAGAAUUGGCUUAAUGUUAGACCAGCUAGCUAGCUAGCUAACUAAGAUAACAUUAUUAACCAGUUCCCAUGCUUUUAAAAGUUUAACAGUUCUGUUCCGGAAUAGUAUAUAUUAGUUUAAUUUGCGGUUGUGAUUCUGUACAUCUAAAUGUUUUGUUAUUUUACAGGUUUUUGGUUCUGUUCUCUGAACCGGUUCCAACCCCUGACGGUAACAUACUCUAACCUGGACGAGGCGCUCUCGUCUCAAACCCAACACUCUCCUGUACAACUUUUCCUUUUUGGUGUUCAAGGUAGAAAUUGCCCCUAACCACAGAUCUACAGCCCAUACAUACAGUACGCUGAAGAUGUCUUGUAGCUGUUCGUGGCUUUGGAUGAAAACGGUAUGGUGGUAAGGGAGUAUACUGUAUACGUACAUCUACAUAGAGCAAUCAUUCACUAUACAUCUGAAAUACAUCUAUCAGACUUACAUGCAGGGAUUUUGAGCAACUUUAUUUUAAUCUUGUAGAUAUUAGUCUUGUAGAGAUGUAUCGAGCUCAUCUGGGUUGAUAGGUCAGGGUAAAAUGACCACCGUUGUUCUUGUUGUCAGUGGUGACACAGUUCAUGCGAAGCAGUGGUCCACCUCAAGUUGCCUCACACUGUUAAUUCCAUCCAGAACUAUUGAGCUUUGACCACAGAGCAACAACUGACAAACCUAAGUCCUCCCUUUUCACAUCUCAAAAGUGGUCUAAUGUUGAGUUGAAUUCAUAUACCAACAGGUCUGUGGUGUAGAGCCUUGUAGAGAAAUUCGCAGGACUUAUGUUACAGACACACAGAGAAAUCGGACUGCCGAUAGGUACUUAGCACAGUAGAAGGCUGCAGUGGUGUGUCUAGAACAUGUUGAAUGGGUGGACAAGGUGGGGCACAGACCCAGUUUAGACGGGAAUAACAUUUACAACCUUAAUCGAUGUGCUUGCUCGUGCUCAAACAUUUUUGGUGGGCUUCAUAGUAAAGACACUGUGCACCCGUCAUUUGAAUGGAAAGGGACAUUUACAAACACCAGAAGUGUAAUGACAUUCGGCCUACAAGUGGUGUGUAUUCAUGGAUGCCAAAAGAAGCCAGGCUUCCCUCUGAAAUAUUAUAAUUAAUACAAUGAUUUCUCAUUGGUGUCUAUUUGUGUUUAAUAAUUUUCCUUAAAUUCUCAAGAGGCUGAAUCUAUUUCACCGGAGCGAGGGAAACAGCGCCUCUCUGGGCCAUCCCCUGGACACGCCACUAGGAGGCCAUUCCUUCUCUUUCUAGAACAAAAGAUGUCCCUGCUGUAUGCCGACCUGGUGCCGACAAACUUGCGGUUUCUACUUGUAGAAUCUCAAUGCUCGUCAGUGGCCUUAAACUUAACUUUGAUCCAAUCAGAGAGCACAAACCUCCACAUAGGGGAGCUGACCGAAGUGACAAGAAAUAGUAAAAAAUAGGGACAUUUCCCUAUUUUAUGUCUAGGAGUAUUGUGCUUGAAGAAAGAUUUUUAGUUAGGUUCAGUUUGAUAAUGUGCACCUGCUCAAUAGUUAGCUAGCUAGCUAACAUUAGCUUGCUAACUGAGCCAGGCAGUCACACACACUUCAUAUGAAACUAAUCGAGUUGGUAAGUACAUAUGGUGACAACAUUUAAAAUACGCAAAUGAGGGACAACAGGAUGAUUUUUACAGGACAUUUGUAUAGCCUACUGUAAACUCUCCUUCCAGACUCACAUUAAGCAUCUCCAAUCAAAAAUGAAAUCUAGAAUCAUGCCGCCAAACAUACCCUCGUAAAACUGCCUAUCCU